AUGGGGUCCCCGUCGCCCGGCUCACCUGCAGCCCCUGCGGACGCACCAGGUGGCUCCCGGCUGCCCCUCCCUCCCUCCUCCAGCGCGGCCUUCCGCUGCCACGGCGACAGCAGCAGCAGCAGCCGCCACUGGCUCCGCCUCCUGCCGCCCCGCCCACAAGGAACGUACCACUUAGCGAGGCGGGGGAUGGAGGAGAGAGAAGGCAUCCCGGGAAGUGUAGUUUCUCUAGGAAGCAUCCAAAAGCAAGGAGGGGGAGCGCGAGGGAUGGCGCCAGAGACGUCUACAGAGAAACGGGGAACCAUUGUAUUUUAAUCAAUUGUUUUAUACUUUAUACACGCGACGCUCUCAUAAAUGUGCAAUUAUUUGAGGUUUGUUUCUGAUGCAAGGGACAAGCAUGAUUUUAAGCAGUUUAAAAUCAGGAGUGGGGAGCCUUGUUCAUCUCAGGGGUCGCCAUGGGAGUAGCCAGGAUUUAUGUUUUAAUUGGGGGACGGGGUAGAAUCUUAAGUAUUUUAAGUUAAAUAUUUUAAGUAUUUUAUUGAUUUACUUGGUCGGGAAGGCAAUUGCACCCGCUUCCCCCCUUGGCCAAUAAUAAUAAUAAUAAUAAUAAUAAUAAUAAUAAUAAAUUUUAUUUAUACCCCGCCCUCCCCAGCCAAGACCCGGCUCAGGGCGGCUAACACCAUUUGUUGUUGUUAUUAUUAUUAGCCAAGGGGGGAAGCGGGUGCAAUUGCCUUCCCGACCAAGUAAAUCAAUAAAAUACUUAAAAUAUUUAACAACUUAAAAUACUUAAGAUUCUUGUUGUUUAGUCAUUUAGUCGUGUCCGACUCUCCGUGACCCCAUGGACAAGAGCACGCCAGGCACUCCUGUCUUCCACUGCCUCCCGCAGUUUGGUCAAACUCAUGCUGGUAGCUUCGAGAACACUGUCCAACCAUCUCGUCCUCUGUCGUCCCCUUCUCCUUCAUGGAUCACUUCCUUGCCGUGGCGAAGGGGCUUGAGUAACUCAGAGAAGCUAUGAACUAUGCCGAGCAGGGCACCCAAGAUGAACAGGUCAUAGUGGAGAGUUUUGACCAAACGUGAUCCACCUGGAGGAGGAACCGGCAAGCCACUCCACUAUCCCUGCCAAGAAAACUUAAGAUUCUACCCCCCUCCCAAUUAAAAUAUAAAUCCUGGCUACUACCAUGGCGGCCCCUGAGAUGAACAAGGCUCCCCACUCCUGAUUUUAAACUGUUUAAAAUCAUGCUUGUCCCUUACAUCAGAAACAAACCUCAAAUAAUUGCACAUUUAUGAACACCCCGCGUGGGGUGUUUCAUAGUCUACUACUUUGGUCUUUUUUAAAAAAAAAAUUUAAAGGCGAUCGACAGCUCUGGACUCAAAGCUUUUGCCUGGCGAUGGAGGGGGGCAAAAUGGGCAGUGCAUGCUGGGAAACGUAGUCCCGUCUGCGGGCGGCUGUCGGCGCGCGUUGCACGCUGGGAUUUGUAGGCCGAGGCGCCUGACUGGGAAGGGCGGCUUGUGGCUGGAGCUGCUCGUUCCUGGGCUCCGCCUUUCGGCCGGGUCUGGGAAGCUUGAGGGGCGCGCCGGCUGGCUGGUUUCGCUCGCAGCCGGUUCUGCUCAGAUCCCGCCGCCUCCCGGUGCGAGGCGGAGGCCUUAGUUGGAGCAGCAGCGCCGGUUGCCUCGCGAGUCGGGUAAGGUAAACAGCCGGGGGUUGGAGGGGCCAGUGGGGAGGCGGGCGGGCCCAUUUGAGAAAGUGGCGUUGUGUUUGCGUUUAGCGGGCGAGGAAAUGGGGCGGGAGGGCGGAAAGUUGGCUGGUGGGUGAGUAAAUUUGGGCGAGAGAGCUGAUUGGCUGUUGGAACGCGGGGGGGGGGCGGUCAGAAGUAGGUCAGCCGUGGAGGAAAAGGGAGGUAAAUAUUUGGGGAGGCGGAAAUAAAGAAUGGCUGCUUUCUCUUGCGUGGUUGCUCCUUUAAACAGGGGUAAGUGGGUAAGGGGUAAGUAUAGUUAAAGCUAUGAUUUUCCCAGUAGUGAUGUAUGGAAGUGAGAGCUGGACCAAAAAGAAGGCUGAUCGCUGAAGAAUUGAUGCUUUUGAAUUAUGGUGCUGGAGGAGACUCUUGAGAGUCCCAUGGACUGCAAGAAGAUCAAACCUAUCCAUUCUGAAGGAAAUCAGCCCUGAGUGCUCACUGGAAGGACAGAUCGUGAAGCUGAGGCUCCAAUACUUUGGCCACCUCAUGAGAAGAGAAGACUCCCUGGAAAAUACCCUGAUGUUGGGAAAGAUGGAGGGCACAAGGAGAACGGGAGGACAGAGGACGAGAUGGUUGGACAGUGUUCUUGAAGCAACCAGCAUGAGUUUGACCAAACUGCGGGAGGCAGUGGAAGACAGGAGUGCCUGGCGUGCUCUGGUCCAUGGGGUCACGAAGUGUCGGACACGACUAAACGACUAAACAACAACAACAAACAAAGUGGGAGCAGGAAGUUCCACAGGUGCUGCGCUGAUAGGGAUAGGCGACACCGGUUUCUUUCCUGCUGGCUGUUUAAACCAGCAAGAGAGCCGGGUGGCUGCAGAGCUGGGGUCGAUAGAAAUCCCACAGCGUGGCUGAGAGAGGUCGGGGAAGCCGCACCUGUUGGAUUUCUGCUGGCUGUUACCGGCCUGCAAGAGGGCCAAAUAAAUAUGGAGCGCUGGAGAGAAAGAAGACCUGCCAUUCACCCUCCCUUUUGAAACCAUCACGAUGAAUAAAUUUUGCAUUUGGGCACCUUCCUGCAGUCCACGCUGCCAUGUGGACUUCUGAGGAUUGCCCACAUGGGGAUGCGGCCCUUGACUUAAAAAACACCCCCAUCCCUGAUUUAAUUAAUUUUCUUUUUAAAGUUUUCUUUUCCUGCAGCCUGUAACCAUUACCCCCUUGGUUCUUCCCAACGUUCCCUCCACCGACUGACCUUUUUUACAGUGUUAGCCUUACAUCUCCCCCUCCCCUUCAGCCAUUCAUUAAAUCACAUGAAUGAAUGGGUCAGUGAUAGUUAAGUAAAUAGGCAACAAUGCAGAAUGGGAAAAUCCGGUGUGUAGAAAGUUUGAAAGGUUCCGAUUUCCCUUUUCAACAUGGGUGUGUGAGAUGAAGCCUGGUUUUGUUCUGUUUUUCCUACAUGAGCAUUUGGCACUUGGUGAAUGAAGUUACUAUUGGUUUAGAAUUUUUGCCUGCCUUGCUGCCUUGGCUGAGAUUCUUUCCCCUCAGGGGAGGGUGAUGUUGGGUCAGAAGGCUGAAGCCUAAUAUUUAAAAUCUACAUAUCAAUAUGUUCUGUACCAGGCAUAGGCAAACUGGGCCCUCCAGAUGUUUUAGGACUACAACUCCCAUGAUCCCUGGCUAACAGGACCAGUGGUCAGGGAUUAUGGGAAUUGUAGUCCCAAAACAUCUGGAGGGCCGAGUUUGCCUGUGCCUGUUCUGUACCAACUACGUCAGCUCUUAGAUAUGUCAAGCAUCUCAAUGCAAUGCUUACUUAUUUCAUUCCUUUAUCCAGAACCAUGAGAACUAGACUCUUCUUUUAUUUUUAGGGAAAGGACCACAGCUCAGUGACAGGACACCUGCUUUGCAUGCAGAAGGCCUCAGGUUCAAUCCCCAAUAGGGAUUGUAACUCUGGAGAGCCACUGCCAGUCAGUGUAGACAAUACUGUGCUAGAUGGACCAGGGGUCUACCUCUGUACAAAGCAACUUCCUGGGCUCAUAAGAGGAAUGUCCGGUGUUGGGCUGCAUAAUUGCAUUAUCGGCCCAUGGACCCACUCAUGACUCAGUUUGCUGGAGGACACAGCACACAGACUGUUUAUUAUAACCACUGCAUUCUCCCAAAGGUCACUUAUCUCUGCAUUCCCUUGCAAUCGAAUAUUUCCGUGGCCGUUCUCGUUACAGCAGGCUUCUCACGCCCUUUCCCAAAUGCCAUCUGCAUGCCACGCUUGGAUAUGGAAACGGGGCUGCUGGAAAUAGAAGCUUGUUAAGCCUUCGGUCAUUUCCAGUUUGUGUGUGUGUGUCACAAAUGCAAAAAUGCACUGGAGGACUAGGGGAAGCAGAGGAAAUGCUUCUAUUGUGUGGGACAGUCUUGAGUCAGGCCCAUUACGUCAUCCUGGAAGGCUGGGAAGGGGCCCCAGGUUCCUGUCGCUGUUUGGAGAUGCGUGGAUUGAGUUUGCGGACUUUGGUCUCAUCCAGACGGCAGUUUACUGAUCUGCCGGCUGGCUGGCGCUCUGCACCAUUGCAGCUUAGAAAAGGCAGGUACCUUUCCCCCUUUGCUUAGAACCAGCUUUUAUAAAACUUUUUGCAGCUGCUUAGGUAUUACACAUCUCAGUUUGUCCUUACGGCACCCCUGUAAGGUUUUUAUUCAAAGUAUUGUUUUAUUUUAUUUGUUUAAAAUACUUUUGCUCUCCUGAAAAGGGCUGCUGCCCCUCAGGCUUCCAAUCCCAGAGACUCAGCACAAAAGGAAAAGGGAUUGGGCUGGAGGAGGUGGAAAGCAAACACAAGUGCUGGUUCUUAGGCAGAAAGUUCUUAUCAGUGCUCCUUCUGGUGGGAAGAGGGGAAGCUAGCUCCCUGCUGUUGCUGUUGCUGCUGCUGCUUGGCCACUGGAUGGGCUUGAACUGCUCUUCCUCUGGGGUUUCAGCCACCCAGUGGCAAUUAGACCCCUGGCUGAUGGCAGAACCCAGAAUGUGAUGCCCAUCAGCUCUGCAGUCCCUGGGCAACUGGGCAACAAAUACAUGGAGAUUUCUGGGGCACCGAUUCCUCUGCCCUCUUCUUACAUUCUCUGCUGGUGAGACCACACUGUCCUUUUCUUGAGCGGUAGGGCUUUCAACAGCCAGCCUGGGAACUUGGAGCUAGUGGGUUCAUUGCCCUCAUUGUAAUCACAAGGACUAGCAACUUGGUUUCGUGAGAAACCUGGCUUUAGCAAAUGUUCUAGAUGGCUGUUGGAUAAGGCUUGAGAAUGAUGCCCUGCUAGGAAGCUUUGCCUUUGGAGAACUCAACAAGCAUUGUCUGCACUUUUCCGAGCCUCGUCCUCUUGCACUCAUUGCUUUUUGCAAGUGCUGCAUGGAAUGAGGCAGCUGCGCCUCUGUUUCCAGCCUCCGUUCAGGGCACUGCUGUUAACCGGCAACAUCCCAAAUGGUUUGGGAUGUUGGUCCCUUGGGGACAAUCAACUUCUGUACAUUUCUCCUGGCAAGCUCUGGUCAUCCUCACCUGAGCCCCAGAUUCCCUCAACCUUGUGGGCCAUGGCUGGUAGCAACCAGGCGGGAGCAUUUUCUGUAGUGCCUUGGCAACCCAUCCGUCAAUCAUCUGACACCAUAAUAAUGUCAGGCGACUGAUAGGUGGGUUCUGCCACCACCCACCUUUUAAUAUUGGCUCCCAGGAUUGUGGACAGAUAACAAUCUUGUCCAUAGAGCCCAGAAAGCUAGGUCACUAAGCCAGCCAAACCUUGGCACCUGCGUGGGCUCAUAUCAGAAUUAUCGGAGUCUUGCUUGUAUUCCCUGUGCAAAGAGAAAUAAAGUUUCUCUCCCUCUCCCUUUCUCUGUUCAGUUUCUUGGCUUCAGGGGCAAACUGCUUCUGGGAAUACUCUCCUUGCCCAGCCAGUGACCUCGUGGCUCUCCAACCUCCCCCCACAACCACGGCGGAGUCGGUCAAGCCCACCCUCUGCAGAGUUGUCAUCUACUUGCAGAAGGAGAUGUCCGGAGACACCUGCCUGGCAGCCGCCUGUCCCUCGCCAGGAGCCAAGCCCAAGGGCUGCGGCUUCAAAGGCGGCACCCUGGGCAACAAGUACGUGCGGCUCAAUGUCGGCGGGUCCCUCUACUACACCACGGUGCAGGUGCUGACGCGGCACGACACCAUGCUGAAGGCCAUGUUCAGCGGCAGGAUGGAGGUGCUUUCGGACAAAGAAGGUGAGCCAGGGGCCAGUGUUGGCAGCCAGUGUUAGAAGCUCGGGUGCAAAAGCUAAACCUAGCUUGUGGUUGCCACAACGAAAUGUCUUAAGCAGCUUUUUGUUUUUGCUUUUUUUUGCAAUGAGAUUUAGUAUUACUGGCGUUAUUAUUGUUCAUUUCAUUUCUAUACCGCUUUAUAUUUUAAAUUUAAAAAAUGGUUUACAACACAUUAAAGCAUCAAAUAAAACAGAAUAUAACAAAUUCUACCUGCCCGGGGUUUGAGCUCUUCAGUGAAGGCCCUUGUCUCAGUCCUGCUACCCUCACAGGCAUGCUUCGUGGGGAUGCAGGAGAGGGGCUUCUCGGUGGCUGCUCCCAUACUCUGGAAGUCUCUCCCUAGAGAAGCCGGACUGGCUCCCUCCUUGCUGUCCUUCCGCCAGCAGGUAAAGACUUUAUUGCGCCGACAGGAUUUUGGAAACUGCUUUUAAUGAAAGGGCUGGUGCCGUGCUGUUUUUAUUGUAAUUAUUGGUAUGCUUUUAAACAGAUUUUAUAUAUGUAUAUACAGUGGUACCUCGGUUUUAGAACAGCCUUGUUUAAGAACUGUUCAGUUUACGAACCCCACAAAACCGGAAGUAGCGUCCCGGUUUGUGAACUUAACUCGGUCUAAGAACGAAAUCCGAGUGGUGGAAGAGUACCGGUGGUGGGAGGCCUCAUUAGGGAAAGUGCACCUUGGUUUAAGAAUGGUUUUGGUUUAAGAACGGACUUCCGGAACGGAUUAAGUUUAUAAACCGAGGUACCAUUGUAGUCUGAAUUCUGUCGACGCAUACUCAUUUUCCAGUGAUGUAUUUUUCUGUGUUUUUAGCUGUUUUUUAUUAUUAUCUGUAAGCAGCCUUGAGUACUGUUAGGGGAAAAGGUGGCGUUUAAAUAAAUAUAACAAUGAAGAACCAUUUAAACCAGGGUUGGGGCGGGCGCAAGCUUUUUCUUGCCUGUUGUUGAUCAGCUUCCACUCCUACCUGAUGCCAGCUCAGAUUGCAGCUCUCUCACCUUCUCCUGCUCUCACAGGCUGGAUCCUCAUCGACCGCUGCGGGAAGCAUUUUGGGACCGUUUUAAGUUACCUCCGAGACAACACGGUUGCCCUGCCGAAGAACCGGCAGGAGGUCAAAGAGCUAAUGGCUGAAGCCAAAUAUUACCUCAUCCAGGGCUUGGUAGACCUCUGCCAGGCUGCUCUGCAGGUGAGAGCUGCAUGUGCGUAGGGUUAGGGGGACCCUUGGAGGUCAUAGAAUCACAGAACUGUAGGGUCAGAAGGGGCACCCACGUGUCAUCUAGUCCACCCCCCCCGAAAUGCAGAAAUCUCAGCUAAAGCCUCCAUGACAGAUGGCCAUCCAACCUCUGCUUAAAAACCUCCAAGGAAGGAGAGUCCAUCACCUCCCGAGGGAGACCAUUCAGCUGUUGAACAGCUCUUACUAGCCAUCUGUUCAGUGCAGGAAUUCCCCAACUGCAGCAGCCCUGACAGAUGGCUGCCCAGCCUCUGACAUGGGAAAGGGCCAUAGAGCUCCUGGGUCCCAGGGUCAAUCCCCAGCAUCUCCUGGAGGGCCACUGCCAGUCAGUGUAGACAGUACUAGACUUGGUGGAUCAAUAGUCUGACUCCGUAUAAGCCAGCUUCCUAAGGUCCUAAAUAUUUCCUGCAAAUACUUCCUUUGUCUCCCUGUGGACCAGCUCCUGCACUGAUUUUGAGGGCCAACGACAUUGUGAGAGACCUGUGGGUGCAGUCCCAGUCCCCCAUUCCUCUUUUACACCAGCUGCAGGGAACCUUAGGCCCUCCAGUUGUUGCCAAACUACAGCUCCCACCAGCCCCUGCAAACAUGACCAAUGAUCAUGGAUGGUGGGAGUUGUAGUUCAGCAGGGGCAUAGGUUCCUCCACACCUGUUUUACACAGUCGGCAACCGUGUGGGGAGGGCAGUGAAGUGCAUUUUUAACCACCUCCUUAAACUGGAUCUUGGAGAGUUCUAACUUUUGAAACUCUUAUCCCCUCGCAAGUGUGCUUAGCGUGGUUUUCAGGCUGGGUAUUGACUUUUGCGUUUUGCAGGCUUAUCUGUCCUGGGUGCUUUUAAGUUGAGAUUCCUGCCUUGCUAGAUGUUGUGCUAGAUGACCUUUUGGGGGGAGUCCCUUCCAACUCUACGAUUCUGUGGUCCCCCAAAGAAGGGGACACCGAACCUGCACUCACCUGUGUGCCUGCAAUUCUCUUCUGCAGGACAAGAAAGAUUCGUACAAGCCCGUCUGCAACAUCCCGGUCAUCACGUCACCCAAAGAAGAGGAGAGGCUCAUCGAAUCCGCAAUGAAAGUGAGUGCUUUUCCUUCCAGGUCUUGUUCUUGAAUUUCCAGAGAUGGGGAAUUCGUGGAUCGGGGUACCCCAGGAAGACCCAGAAAGGGGAGAUAGGAGGCAUGAGUGGAGCCCUAGACUGACACUAUGCUGCUGAACCACAGCUCCCAUCAGCCUCAGCACGUAUGGCCAGUGGCCAAGGAUGAUGGGAGUUGUAGUUCAGCAGCAUCCAGAGGGUCAAAAGGAUCCCCACCAUUUUAACUUUCGACAGUGCCCUGGAGCCAAGGGUGAGGAACCCCAGACCCCAGAGCCAAAUGACACCCUCCGGACCCCUCUGAGCUCCCGCCAGGCCAGACAUCCCUCACCACCCCUACUUCACACCCCCAAAUGUUUUUUCCUGGUUGGAACCUGUCUUUGAAGUCCAAAAAUGCUCCUUGCGGGAGACUACAGGGAGGGGGCACGUCAGUGUGUGUUGAAACUAACCGCCUUCACCAGGGGUCAGCUACCUUUUUCAGCUUUGGGCCGAUCCACCAUCCCUCAGACCAUGUAGUGGGCCGGACUAUAUUUUUUGUGGGGGAAACGAACGAAUUCCUAUGUCCCACAAAUAACCCAGAGAUGCAUUUUAAAUAAAAGGACACAUUCUACUCAUGUAAAAACACGCUGAUUCCCGGACCGUCCGCAGGCUGGAUUGAGAAGGCAAUUGGGCCACAUCCGGCCCCCGGGCCUUAGUUUGCCUACCCCUGGACUACACAAAGACAAUAUUUUCAUGUGUGGCCCUGCCUACUUUUGCCUCUGGCCCCACCCACUACUGGCAUGUGGCCCUCAGGAGGUUAGCCAGGAGGGAAUGUGGCCCUAAGACAAAAAAAGGUUCCCUUUUACUGUUUCUGGAGAAACAGGGAGCCUCCUGGCUGCCCUUGGGUGUGUUUGCUGCCGCUGCUGCUACUGACAAAUAGGCUCAAGAAAGUGCCACACGAAGGGGGCUCACCAGAGACCCCUUUGCCCAGGAGAGGCCCUGACUGAGCAGCGUGACCUAGCCGUCUUCUUCCUCAGUCUGUAGAGCCCGAGACUUAAUCUCAGGGUGGUGGGUUUGAGCCCCACGUUGGGCGAAUGAUUCCUGCAUUGCAGGGGGCUGGACUGAAUGACCCUUGUGGUCCCGUCUAGCUCUAUAUUUCUGACACUUCCCCUCUUCCUUCCAGCCUGUGGUGAAGCUGCUGUAUAACAGGAGCAACAACAAGUAUUCCUACACAAGGUAAAGUCUCUGCUGUCUCCCUAAGACGAGGCUGCUGGAUCAGGCCUGUGGCCCAUCUAGUCCAGCAUCUCACGGUAGUUUGAGACACCCUCCCCACAGUGUUGAAUUUAUUGUCUCUGGUAGUAAAUGUGAAGGACAGUGAACCCGGGCUUAUUUCAUAUUUAUUCCAUGUUGGUUUCAGCUGGAGCAAACCUCUCUCUCUUUUUAAUAUUUGGAAAGAUUUGAUUUAAUUGCCGUACGAAACAGCACAGCUCUCCCAAUUUAAAUUUAAAAUACCGUGGAGGAUAGGCAGUUAAUAGUCUGAUCUGCUAUAAACAGCUUCCUAUUUAUUUUAUUUGCCCGUCAGUCCUAGCAUUGUCCACUCUGACUGGCAGCAGCUGCCUACAGUCUUGGCCAUACAUUGCCCUGUUACCAAUUCUUUUCUUUCUUUUUAAUUUUUAUUUUAACUGGAAACGCUCAGCCUGUUCUUAUUGAGUAUCUGGGGCAAGCGGAUCUUCCACUGCUCACUUGGUCUCCUUCAGAUAAAGAAUGUGAGGACGGGGUUCUUGCGCUUGGGAUGUUGAGCAUGUGAAGACUAGCAUCGUGUAAUGGGGUUGAAGUUUCCAACUAGGGAGCCCUAGGUUCAAAUACCUACUGAGCUGUGAAUCUUGCUAGGCAGCCUUGGGUCAGUCACCCAUCUUCUCAGCCCAACCUACCUGAAAGGGUUUUUGUGAGGAUUAAAAUGGGCAGAGGGACCUCUGAGCUCUUUUUUGGGGGGGGGGGGGCGAGGCAGAAUCCAGAUGUGAAAAAAUGGUUAUUUACUCAAUUUAUAUCCUGCCCUUCCUUGCAAAUGAGCCCAGGGUGGAAAACACAUCAUGACAACUUUAAAAAGCAUUCCGAUAACAGUUAAAACAUUCAACCAGUGCUUUCAGGGUUGCCAGGAACUGUGUCUUUCAGCCAUCAAACCCCUGGGGGAAACAGGAAUGUUCUUAACAUCCUCCUGAAAGUCAAUAACGAGGGUGGGAGACAUAACUCCCCAGGGAGGGCAUUCCACAAACGGGGAGCCGCCACCAAAAAGGCCCUGUCACAAGCCCAUGAUCCACAUACGUCAUUCCUCUUUUUUUAAAAUCAUUUUUUCAGCACUUCCGACGACAAUUUGUUGAAGAACAUAGAAUUGUUCGAUAAGCUCUCCCUCAGCUUCAACGGGAGAGUCCUCUUCAUCAAAGACGUGAUUGGGGAUGAGAUCUGUUGCUGGUCAUUCUACGGUCAGGGGAGGAAGCUGGCCGAAGUCUGUUGCACAUCCAUAGUUUACGCUACGGAGAAGAAGCAAACCAAGGUAUUUUAACCUUGUGGUUUCUGUUGGGGGGCGGGGCUAUCAACACGGACAUCCCUUUCUGUGUGGCUUCUUCUGGGCAAAUUUCAGGGGAGGAUUUCACGGUGCCUCCGUAGGCCAGGGAAAGAGCCAAUAUCAAAGCACACGUAUUGGACCAUAUAUAACUUAAUAAUCCAAUAAGAACAUAAGACAAGGCUGCUGAUCAGGCCAAGGGGCCCAUCUAGUCCAGCCUCCUGUUCUCACAGCGGCCUGCCAGAUUAAUUUAUUUCAGAAGAUUUGUGCACGUCUUGAUUGUAAAAAGCAAACAUAAAAAAAUCUAAAACAACAAACAUGUAAAACAGUAAUAUAAAACUUUCAAAAAGUUAAAAUAACAAUAGACCAAAGGCAGUCAAGGGAAUUCUGGGCAUUCUUGCUUUGACUGUCCCCACUGCGUUUGACUUGCAACAGUCUGAAGCAGGGAGGGUGGCAUGUGAAACAAAAAAGCAGAGCAGGGUGCCAAAUUUCACAUACCAGUGUCGAACUAACCAGUCCUUGGGGACGGGGAGAGGGCUCCGAUUUGACAUGUUUGUGCUUUCUUUUUUCUUUUUUGUUUUUUUCCUUGAAUUUUUAUUAAAGCUUGAAAAAACAGUAUACAGAAAUAAACAUAAAAAAGCAGUAUACCGAAAUAAGCAACAAAUAUCAAGCCUUUUUAAACAUGAAAAUUAAAAGAAAAUAGAUAAGAGAAGAAUAAAAGGAGAAAACUUCCAAUUCUCUGUCUAUGAGCUUUAAAAAUUUGUCCAAAAUUGUUAAUUCAUAACAACAUUCAACUCUUCCACUUUCCAUAGCCAACCGUUUUUUUACUCUUCAAACCUGAUACUGCACAAGUUCAUUUUCCUUAUUGCACAGAAAGCCCCUGAUGGGUUUCCAAUCAUUAAUAAAUGUCAACAGUGAUUUUUCUCUUAAUUAAGCAUGCCAACUUGGCCAUCUCAGCCAAAUCCAUUAAUUCCAACAGCUGUUCUUCUAUAGCAGGCAAUAAUACUUCCUCCCAUCUUUGUGCAUGUAACCAUCUCGUCACUGUGAUCGGCGAUGGCCUUCUUUUUACGAGAUUCUGCUGCUCCUAGUUAUGGCGAAGGGUGUAAGGCGCUUUGGCGGAGGCAGAAGCUACAACCUCUUUCCCUGCCCUCAGCACCCCUGCUCCACUCUUGCUGUCUGACGCAGUGGAGCGAAGGAGGCAGCUGAGGAUUCUGGGGUGGGGAAGUAACUAAGCCCUUAGGCUUGUAUUUACUUGAAUAAGAUUCAGCAGCAGGGCAGGGGGAAGUAGCUGAGAGGACUUACUCCCUCUGGCCUCCGUUAUUAGUAUUUAUUAAAUUUGCUUGUUGCUUUUUUUCUUUGCUAUGGCAAGUCAAAGCAGCUUAUAUUUUAAAAAUCCAUACAUUAAAAUAGGUGGUGGUGGUUAUUUUCUGUUCUUGUUCUUGUUCUUGUUUGCAUUCUGUGUUUUUAUCUUGUAUUUUAAGUCUGUGGACUGUCCUGAGAUCUAUGGCAGAAGGGCGGUAUAUUAUUAUUAUUAUUUACUGAAUUUAUAUACCGCCCUAUACCUGGGGAUCUCAGCGCAGUUCACAGAAUAAAAUCAAGAUAUAAAACCACAAAAUACAUAAUAAAAAUAAAAACAACAACCCAAUAGCCCCCCCCAACCCCACCACAUUUAAAAGGGUAUAGGAUGUAAAUCAGAUCAACCAAAGGCCUGGUUAAAAAGGAACGUUUUUGCCUGGCGUCUAAAGGUGUACAAUGAAGGCGCCAGGCAAACUUCCCUGGGGAGAGCAUUCCACAGAUGGGGAGCCACCGCAGAGAAGGCCCGUUCUCGUGUUGCCACCCUCUGGACCUCUCGUGAAGGAGACACAUUAAGAAGGGCCUCAGAAGACGAUCUCAGUGUCUGAGUAGGUUCAUAUGGAAAGAGGCGGUCCUUGAGGUAUUGCGGUUCAAUAAAUAAUAAUAAUGCAUGAAAGCAUUCUACUCACUCUAAAAGGCCAUAGCUAAAAAGCCAAAGGCCUGGAUAAAAGGGAAGGUUCUUGCUUGACGCUCGAAGACACGUAACAGGAGUGCCUGGCAAGCCUCCCUGGGGAAAGCGUUCCACAAGUGUCAGUAAAGAAGGGUGAUCUUUGGUGCGUUUGCUCCUCCCGGUAACCCCCUCAACUCUUUUCUCCCUCCAGGUUGAGUUCCCCGAGGCCCGCAUCUACGAGGAGACCCUGAACGUCCUGCUCUACGAGACUCCCCGGGUGCCCGACAACUCCCUGCUCGAGGCGACCAGCCGGAGCCGCCCCCAGACCUCCCAGAGCGAAGACGAUGACGGCAGCUUUGAGCUGCGCGACCGUGUCCGGCGCAUCCACGUCAAGCGCUACAGCACGUACGACGACCGGCAGAUAGGCCACUAA